GAGUCGUCACUCAGUGCUGGGAGCUGCGGCCCUUCUGGUCCUCAAAGGGCUGCCUUGUUCUGCCCCCAGCACGGGAAAUUCCAAGUGGUUUUCCAAACUGGCUUCUCUGGUUCUGUCCCUGGAGGGAGCAGCAGAGGGGCCCGGGUACCCUAAGCGAGAUUCCAGGGAAGAUGGGAUUGAGUCCGAGCUGAGGGGGACGCUGUCACCUGGAAUGACCUGGGCAGCUGAGGGCCUAUCUGGGCCUUACCGUGAGCUGGCAGCCCUCACCCCGUCUUUGAAAUGGUUCUGGCUGGGUGGCGGCCUCUAGGUGGUAUGGGUAAAAUUGGGUCUGGUUUAAGGUGGGGUCAACACGGAGAACACUGGUCUCCUUGUGUUGCUGGCCGGAGGGAGAGCAAGAGCACACCGAGACCACUUCUCCCCCUGGUUGCUCUCGCUCAUGGCCGUGAUGACUCGGUCCCUGUGCCCGGUGCUCCUCGGUGUCGUCGUCAUGCUGUCUGCCGCCCCGGGGCCUAGCGCGGGGGGCCGCCCCAUGCCCAAGCUGGCCGAGCGGAAGCUGUGUGCUGAUGAGGAAUGCAGCCACCCCAUCUCCAUGGCUGUGGCUCUUCAGGACUACGUGGCCCCUGACUGCCGCUUCCUGACCAUAUACCGGGGCCAGGUGGUGUAUGUCUUCUCCAAGCUGAAGGGCCGUGGACGCCUCUUCUGGGGAGGCAGUGUUCAGGGAGAUUACUACGGAGACCUGGCUGCUCGCCUAGGCUAUUUCCCCAGUAGCAUCGUUCGCGAGGACCGGACUCUGAAACCCGGGAAAAUUGAUGUAAAGACAGAUAAAUGGGAUUUCUACUGCCCGUGAGUGCAGCUCGCCGCGAUGCCCGCUGUCUUCCCUCCUUGGCUUGUGUGCAAAUACAUCGGCCCAGCG